AAAAAGACAAAACAAAAUUCAAAUCAGCUGCUAAGAGACAAGCCGGGGAGGGGGGGAAACACUCUCUUUCUCUCACUGUCUCUCUCCCCUCCUGAGAGGUGUCAUUAUCCCGAGCAGAGGAGCCUCGUUCAACAGGAAAGGAUGACCCAGGGAAAGCUCUCUGUGAAUAGCAAGCCUACAAACCCAGAUGGACAGCAGGGAAGUGAAGAAAAGAAGGACAAUGCCACUGCCCCAUCCGCGCCUCCAACCUAUGAAGAGGCAACCUCGGGGGAAGGGCUGAAAGCCGGCGCAUUCCCCCCACCUAUGAAUGUUCCUCUCCACCCCGGCUGGGCAUAUGUGGAUCCUAGUACAAGCCCUAACUAUGGAAAUGGAGGAUACCCAGGGGACACUGAGAUGCUCACAACCUUUAGUUGGGAUGACAAGAAUGUACGCAGGGUGUUCAUCAGGAAGGUUUACACCAUCCUUAUGGUUCAGCUGUUUGUUACAGUUGGCAUCGUGGCCCUCUUCACCUUCUGUGAACCAGUCAAAGGAUAUAUCCAGUCAAACCCAGCCUGGUACUGGGCUUCUUAUGCUGUUUUCUUUAUCACUUAUUUGUCCGCUGCCUUUUGCUUAAUUCACAGGAGGCACUACCCAUGGAACCUGAUUCUCCUGAGCAUCUUUACUCUGUCCAUGGCUUAUCUAACAGGGAUGCUUUCCAGCUACUACAACACCAUGUCAGUCCUUCUGUGCCUCGGGAUCACGGCACUGGUAUGCCUCUCCGUGACCAUAUUCAGUUUCCAGACCAAGUAUGACUUCACCUCUUGCCAGGGAGUCCUCUUUGUGAUGCUGAUGGUGUUGUUCUUCAGCGGGAUCAUCCUUGCCAUCAUGCUUCCUUUCCAAUAUGUGCCGUGGCUGCAUGCUAUUUAUGCUGUGCUGGGUGCAAUCGUGUUUACUAUGUUCCUGGCCUUCGAUACACAGCUCUUGAUGGGAAACCGCCGUUAUGCUAUGAGCCCCGAGGAAUACGUCUUUGGAGCCCUCAACAUUUAUCUGGACAUCGUCUACAUAUUCUCCUUCUUCCUGCAGAUUUUCGGAUCCAGCCGAGAUUGAGUUUGGCAUGCCUGCUAGGUCCUGUGUCUGUUGAAAGAGAAAAACAGAUAUAUGUACGAGUUAAUAUAACAACAGCAAAGAAAGAAUGGGGGAAAGAAUUAACCAACCUCUCUGGCUUUUCACAGCAAGCUCCAUUCCAUCAGAAGAGCACCUGCCACCCCCUGGCCUCGAGUUCCUUCUUCAGCCUGUACAUAAAUGCUGUGAAAUCUUGUG